AUGAUAGCAGUGCUAAUACACCUGAACCAUGCUUUAUUUUCCCAUUUGAAUAUUGAAAGUCACAUUCUUGAAGAUGUAAACAAGUGCAUCAUUGCACUAAGAGCCCAGGAUGCUGAUGGUUUAGAUUGUGCAGCUGGUGCCAUCCGAGGGCGUGCAGCAAGAGUGGCCCACGUUGUUUCUGGGGAGAUGGACAAUUAUGAGACCGGAGCUUACACUGAAGGAGUGUUGAGAAACGUGCAGCAUCUCACAAAUGCCGUGAUUCCAGAAUUCAUUACUCAAGUCAACACAGCACUGGGAAGUUUAAGCAGGGAUACAAUUCAUCUCUUUGAUGACAAUCAGUUUGUUGACAUCUCUAAGAAGGUCUAUGACACAAUUCAUGACAUCAGAUGUUCUGUUAUGAUGAUUCGGACUCCAGAAGAGCUAGAAGAAGUUUCUGAUCUAGAAGAUGACCAUGAUGCACGCAGCCGCACCAGUAUUCAAACUGAAGGGAAGACUGAUAGGGCAAAAAUGACUCAGUUGCCAGAGGCUGAGAAAGAAAAGAUCGCGGAACAAGUAGCUGACUUUAGGAAAGUCAAGAGUAAGCUUGACGCAGAAAUUGAGAUAUGGGAUGAUACCAGCAACGACAUCAUCGUACUGGCUAAGCAGAUGUGUGUGAUUAUGAUGGAGAUGACAGACUUCACAAGGGGUAGAGGUCCACUGAAGAAUACCUCGGAUGUGAUUAAUGCAGCAAAAAUGAUCUCAGAGUCAGGGUCAAGAAUGGACAUGCUUGCAAGACUCAUUUCAAACCAGUGUCCGGAUCAGUCGUGUAAGCAGGAUUUAUUGGCUUAUCUGGAACAAAUCAAACUGUAUUCCCAUCAGCUCAAAAUCUGCAGCCAAGUUAAAGCUGAGAUCCAGAAUUUAGGUGGAGAGCUCAUCAUGUCAGCAUUGGACAGCGUGACUUCACUUAUCCAGGCUGCCAAAAACCUGAUGAAUGCUGUGGUGCAGACAGUGAAAAUGUCCUAUAUCGCCUCUACGAAGAUUAUCAGGAUUCAAAGUCCUGCUGGCCCAAGACACCCUGUGGUGAUGUGGCGGAUGAAGGCCCCAGAAAAGAAGCCUUUGAUUAAGAGAGAGAAGCCGGAGGAAAUCUAUGCAGCUGUCAGGAAAGGUUCGGCUAAGAAGAAAAUCCACCCUGUUCAAAUCAUGAGUGAAUUUAGGGGAAGAGAAAUAAACUAAAAUUAUUAUUCUGUUCACUGCACUGGUUUCCUGCACUGAGAAAUUCUUCAUUUCAUAUACUUACCUCUUUUUUUUUUUGCUUGUUUAAUCCCACGAGUACAAGAAAGAGUUGACAUUCUUUCUCUCUUCUCAUAUGUUUAACAUUUACUUUACGAUAGGCUAUUUCACUUGCACAUGAUGAAACAAUCAAUAUCAAGCUGUUCCACCUACUUUUCAGUAAUUUCUAUCACAUUUUUUAAGGUUAUGGGCUAACUUCUAUUUCAGAGCAGACCCUUUGAAAUCAAUGGGACAUGUUAAUGUUGAGUAACAAGGCCUAUUUUAAUGCAGCUACUCUGGCUGAUACUAAAAUGGAAUUUAGUCCCACUUAUUUUUAAGUUUAAUAUGCUUUUGCACUGAGCGCUCACUAUUUAAUAUACUUGAUUUGGGAUUUCACCAUUUUGCACAAAGUAAGAGGGAAUAGUUUGCACUACAGAAGAUGCCACAUUAACUGUUUAAUUAGGUGAAACAAUUACUUAUAUCUUGUUGUUCAGAGCACGUUACAUGCAUUCUAUUUGUUAAAAACAACCCUGCACGUUUGGUUGUGUUACCUACAUGUUGCAUAAGAGAAUAAAAUGCCACAAUGGGACUUCAUGAUUACAGACUUCAAUAAACAACUUGAUUGUUCACAUUCCUAGGCACUACAACUGAAGUACCUCUCGCAUUUAUUUCUGAUAGUAUGUAUUUAUUUAGUUAAUGGAAUCAUUUUUGUUCAUGUUACCAAAUUUCUGG